AGUGAAAAGGAGAGCAGGGGAAUUCCUGAUUCAUUUGUCAUUUCCUGCACUGAGUUUGUUGUAAUACAUCAUUGUUAGGAGACGAGGCGUCUACUAGAUCUUCUGUUUUACACAAAGCUUUAUAUCUUAAAUGAGUGAAGCCCCAGGACUAGAAGCAGCAGUUUGUUGUGACGUCUGCUCAUUAUUUUGAACAGUCAGACUCCACUGAGAGCUUCUCUUUUGUCCUCCGUGUAGCUUCCUGUCCCAGCCUGCCCGGCGCACUGCUGCGAUUGGUCGCUCUCCUCUACAACUUCCGCCCAAAUGAAAACACAGAGCCGUCAGCUGUGAGAGGGAAACUAUGACGGGCAAAUCUGACUUCUGACACUUCAGUUUUUAGAUGUCAGUGUGGCUGCAGCGAGCGGAAACAGAGGGGCAUCAGGAGACGGAGAUAACUGCUAUGUCCCAAAAUGAAAGAAGUUUUGAGCAAGUUCCUUCAUUUAAAGAGAGAAAAAUGGGGAGUGAAUACCAGCUACUGUCUUCUACAGUCUCCUCUUCAAGUUUGUUCAAAGAGAUGUCAGAGUGCUUUAUAUGCAGGGAUGGUGAACUAAUAUCCAGCAACCCUCUGAGGAAUUUCUGCGACUGCAAGAAUUUACUUGCCCAUCACGUGUGUCUAUCUACAUGGAUCCAGAGGGGAUGUGGGUGUGCCGACAGGCUGCAGUGCAUCAUCUGUAAGGCCAAGUACCAGCUGCAGAGGCGUUCCCCUUGGCGGUCGCUGAGCGUCCAGUGGCAGACGUGGCUCGCACUCAUCACGGCCAUUAUUUUGAUGGGAGCGGUGCCUUAUGUUGUUCACUGCCUGAUGACCGCCUUCCCCAACAAUCCUUCACACAUCACCUUCAAACUGGCAGCUGGCACUUUUGGUUUCCUGACGGAGCUGCUGCUCAUCAAGUGUCUGUCAAGUUGGCUCAUUAGCCGCUACCAUAAAGCUCUGCAGACUUCCUUCAUCAUCCAGCCCAGAAUCCCAGAUCCACUCGCUCAAGCAAAGGGAAAAGAUGCAGAUUUAAGGAAUGGACACUUGAUCUCUUUCUGAAUCAGUGGCAUUUUACUGAAAUAAACUCAUUUGGUACGUAUUAAGUCAAAAGAUAGACAUAUCAGUAUUUCACAUUGAUUUCUUUACGAGAUGUGCUGCUUUGAAACCUUUUUUCAAUGGGUGGGAAAUAAUGUUUUGUUCCCGUUAAACCUUACUUUACUCUUUUUGCACAAGCUGAAAAAUUGGUGGUACAUAGGAGAAAGCACGCGGCUUGCAUGAGUGUGUUCAGCUCAGGGAGAAAAAAAAAGUUGAAAUCACUAUUUGCUUAAUGAUGCCCACACAGAGACAAUGGGGCGCCGCUCUGAUUAGUGUCACCUGUCCUUGUGCAUCUCAUCAGCUCCAUUAUGGCUCCAUCUCCCAUGCUUCUUCUGCUAAUUGAAUAGCCCGUGAAGUGGUGAUGAGGACGGGGGCGAGAGCAGCGUCUGUCCUGCCGCUGCUCCAGACAUGAAAGGAAAGAGAGGCACGAGCUGUGCAAACAUAAACCAUUAUCAGACAGAUAGAAAAGUGCCAACAAGUAGCCCUCGUGUUGUAUUAGCAUCAUGCUGAGUGCAGUUUGUUUUUAUGUAUAACAGCUUUGAAUUAGCAGCAGCUGCUGUAUAGAUUUGUUGAAGGGCAUGGCGUCUCUUCAAAGUCUUUUUGUGGGGGUUCGGUCAAAAAUGUACUCUUUUUGUUUGUUCAAUAUUUCAUGCAGAAACAGAGUUGGCUUAGAAACAGACAAAACAAUAGCACAUGCACUAGCUUUACAUGGUUUAAACUCAAAACCUGAUCUGAGUCUGUAAAGCUGCAGCUUUAGUAUAGAAGAGAUCAGGUAAAAGGUAUUAGAAAACAGCUAUAAUGCUACGUUCACACCAGGCACAGCAACACGCAUUUGAGAAACAACUUUCAAUAAAAAGUCUAUGUUCAUGUUUGGGAUUCCUGAUAAAAACAUCUUGCUUUCACACGUCACUACACAAGUCCGUUUUCAGGUUCUACGCACGAAACAUGCGUCCAAUGAAUACACAUUAACAGUGAAACCAACUUUGACCAAUCAGGGACUCGGAUUUGGUAGUGACAUUCGGUUGGCGUCUCUUGUCAUUUACGUGAGUCCCAACCAUUUAGAAAUUCAAAAUUGUGGUUUCACACAUCUGACUGGAGCUCUGUAGAGGUGCAUUCACAUCAAACGUGAUUUGAGGCGGCCAGUUUCAAUGUUAAGUCAAUGGAAUAGACACGACAUUGGGCGGUCUGAAGUCCCACAACGUGAUUUGAGCGAGAGGCACAGCACGGUGGUCUGCCAGCAGCUCGAUUUAAGCGGUGAGGCGAGAAUUAGGCAGCGUGGCCAGAAUUUAAAUAUGAGAAGUUUGACAGGUCGCUGCAUCACAUCUACCAAUCGGGAACUCAGAUUUGGGCACGUGACGUUUUCAGUGACUCAAUCAGUGGGUAGAAUUUUAAUCCAAAGCAGUUCCAGCCCUGGGUAUGGGAAAGCUAGGCGGCCGCCUAGGGAGAUAUCUGCUGGAGAAGGCGUCAAAUUACAAUGUUUUUUUUACAGUUUAACACGCCAUUGAUUUUGUGUGAAAUGUUAAAAAAUGAAAAAAUAUAAACCAUAAAUAAAAAUCACAUUUUGCCUUGGGCGCCAUGCAGCUCAGGCUGAUCCAAAACAAGGGUUUUUGUCUUGAACUUCCGUCUGUUUCCUUAAUCCGCUGGAGGUGCAGGGUUGCAGAGCUCAUCCGGCUACUUUGGGGUGAUACACUCUGGACCGAUCGCCGGCUUUUGCUCCCAUGGUGGAGCUCACUCGCUUGAUAUGCUGGCAAACAGAGAGCCACUGCUCGGGCCUCAUCUGGACUUUAAAGAAAAAAAAAGAAAAAAAAAA